AUGUUAAGAAAACGAGAAGAUGAAACGCGGACGAUUUCUGUAAGCGGCGAAGAAGUUUAUUCCUUGGAGGAAGAGAAUGAAGUGUCUUCUAAAGAACCAUCAGCCGUGAUGAAGCCUGUUCUGGCCGCCGUAACGGAGAAGCAAGUUUCCAAUUCCGAAUCGGGAUCAGAUUCUGAAAGUGAUUCCGAAUUGAGAUCCGAUUCUGAAAAUGAUCCCGAAUUGGGAUCCGAGAAGAAUGUGACGAAGCCUUUUGUCGCCGCCACAAAGGAGAAGGACGUGAGGGUUGUGACGAAAUCUUCUGUCGCCGCCACAACGGAGAAGGAUUCAGAAAGUGAUUCUGAAUCUGAACCCAAGAAGGUUGUGACAAAGCCUACUGUUGCCGCUGCAACGGAGAAGAAUUCCAAAAGUGAUUCUGAAUCUGAACCCGAGAAGGUUGUGACGAAGCCUUCUCUCGCCACCACAACAGAGAAGGAUUCCGAAAGUGAUUCCAAAUCUGAACCCGAGAGGGUUGUGACGAAGCUUUCUGUCGACGCCACAACGGAGAAGGAUUCCAAAUGUGAUUCUGAAUCUGAACUCGAGAAGGUUGUGACUCUCGCUUCCACAACGGAGAAGGAUUCUGAAUCUGGCUCUCAAUCUGGAUCCGAAGAAGGUGCUUCCGAGUAUGAAUUCGAGAAGCUUGUGACAACCAAGUGCCCUGUAAACGGAUCCUCUGUGAGAAAGCGCUCCCGCUCCCAAGAUUAA